GUAAUAUCUUGUUAAUAAUCUUAAUUAAUAAUCUUUAGCAAUCAUUAAUUUUUCCUUUCAAUCCAUCUCUUUAAAUUACUUACUUAUUUGUUAAUGGUUUCCGAGAUUGUCGAUAAAUUCAUGAUUUGAUAGAUUUGCUAAAUGUAGUUAGAGUUACAUCAUUUUCCGAUUAUAAAUGGAUCAUCGCCAAGUCGAACUGUCUGUUUUUGUUAUUGUUUUCUUCGGAUCAUAUGAUUUUUGACGUUAGAAGCUAGCUACAAACAUGCACGUACGUACACACGUAUAUAUACAUAAUCGUCAUUUCGAACAUGGCCGCGGUGGAGUGUGAAUCGAAAGACGAUACCUCGACCGAAUUAUCGGAAACGCCGGUGUUUUCAAAUGAAACGGUCAAAACGAUCGAGAAACAUGAAACGUCGGGAAUACCAUUGCAAUCAUCGUGGACAUUUUGGUUGGACAAAGUUGGUAAAAUUAACAGAGCUAUUUCUGGCAUAACUGUUGAAGAAUAUAAAGAAAAUUUAACGAAGAUUUAUACUGUAAACACUGUACAAAGCUUUUGGGCUGUUUUCAACAAUAUACCAAGUGCUAGCGCUGUACAAGUUAGAUAUAGUUAUCAUUUGAUGAGAGAUGAAAGAUAUCCCUUAUGGGAAGAGCCUGUCAAUCAAAAUGGUGGAACAUGGAGAUUAAAGUGCCAUAAAUCUGAUACUGAGAAGAUAUGGAAAGAAAUGGUACUUGCAGCUAUCGGAGAACAAUUUGCUGAAUGCGUUGCAGAAGCUGAUGAAAUUUGUGGAAUAACUGUAUCUAUUAGGGAUAGAGAAGAUCUUGUCCAACGCAUCAGUCACAUCAUGCUUAUGGGCGCCAUUAAAGAAGUAUUAGUGUUAUUAAACUGUUUGAUAAUUGUUUAAUAAAACUGAAUUACUAAAAUAAAGAUGCAAAUUGUAAUUAAUUGUAUGACAAAAAGUUUCUAUAUAUUUAUAAUGUAAAAAAGUUAUUAAUUUGUUGAUACUGAAUUGUUUAUUAAUGUUAGAUAAGCAUGUAAAUCUUUUGUAAGCAUAUAAAUAUCGCUGAGAUAUUUGUAAUAUUAAACCGUCAAAUAUAUUUUUAUACUUAGAAAUAUGUCUCUGUCUAUUUUACAUUUACAUAAUAAUACAAAUAAUUUGCUCUAUCUAUUGAGCAUUCUUUUCAGCUGUUCUUAUAGAAUGUUUAAUAGAAUUUUAAUUUUAUUACAUACUCUAUAGUAAAUUUCUUAGCGAUUUAUUCAAUUCAUCGGUUAAAAUAUAAAUAAAGUAAUUUUAAGUACAUCGUAAAAAAUAUUAAAUGAAUAAUAAUUAAACUAUACUUUUAAAUAAUAAAAACAAUGCUGCAUUUAUAGCAUUCCAAUAGAGAAGGUAUGCAAGACAUUUUUGUAUCCCGCCAUACCGACAAAAAAAAAGGCAGUAUAGCGACAAGAAAUUUCUUUCAUGUAAUUUUGAAACCGGACAUUUGAAUCUCUCAUUAUACGUCUAUAAACACGAUUCAUUGCCCGGCAAAACGGCGCCAGUUUAACUUUUUACGGCUUUUCAAUAUUCCUCGUAUUGACGUCAGUAAAUGAAUAUCUCAAAAAUGAAGAAGUUUAUUCGUACCGAAAACACCAUUAAACUAGUUUUAAAUUGCAUUUAAAUUAUGCCCUACGCGGAGAUGUUUCACCGUUUACAUCACUAUAUAUUCUCCAAUCUCUGAAAAAAUAUGCGAAUCAAUUGUGUACGCCCUUGUAUUUUCAGUCAAAAAGUUCUUUCAUUUUCUUUCAAAAUAGACAGCGAUUUUUUACUUUACUUUUAAAUUUAAUUAUUAAACUAAUAUGAUUCUCAAAUUUUUAAUAUUAAUUAUGUAAUAUAGUUCUCAAAUUGUUUAAUUUUCAAAUUUAAUUUUUAAACUAAAUACCAAUACUUUAUGACACAAUACUUUUUUAAGCUUUUGCAAUAAUUUCUUACAUUAAUUCAUUAAAAGUGCAAUAAUGCUCAUUUAGUUAGUAAUGCUCAUAUAGCCAAGAUGAAUAACGUUACGUUAAUGAUGUGAGUUGAAAGGAAAGAAUAAAAAUCAUUGAACACAUAUUUGCAACAUAAAUCAUCAUGUGCAAAAUGUAAAUUCCAUGAAAUAUUCUCUUGCACAUUUUACCUUUCUAAAUUAAAGAUGUGACUAAAAUAAUUAUAUUAUUUUUAUUCGAUACUUCUUAUUCAACUAAAAUGUUAUUUAGCACUGAUCAGUAUAAUCUCAGAGUCAAACGAAUAGUUGGAAUUUCCUGAAUUCAGAAUAACACUUAGAUGAUAUAUACGAAAAUACACGUUCUUUAUCGUACAUAGAUGAUAUAUACUCUUCAUAAGAUUUGCGUAGAUUUCUACACAGGACCGGACAUACUGUUACAUGCCUUUGGAAUUCAAAACUUGUGAAAUUUAUUGCACUCAUGCGAAAUCGUUCGAUGGACAUUUAUAUUAUAAGAGAAUCAAUUAUUUUGUAAAAUGAUAGAGAAGAGAAAUUUGUUUUACACGAAAUUCCCAAUCAAUGCUGAUUAACUUGUAUAUUGCAUUAAAGCAUUUCAUUUGCAAUAUUUUUUCGAUUAAUCAUUAAAUUCCAUUCUUUUCGAUGGAAUGUGAUUACGAAGGGGAAUUUCGAGAAUUUAAUUAAAACUUUUGCGUCAUGAUUUCCUCUUUCACCUGAAUCCUAGAAUUUUGUAAAGUUUCAGGAAAUUCCCACGGUAAUCUAUUUUCGUUUCUUAAUCAUAAAAACUUCUCUCGCAUUUCUGACGUACAUAGUAUCUAUUAUUACGAUAUGUUUUUUUGAGAAAUAAUAUAGUAUAAAUUAUUCUACCUGUUUCUUAAUUUGAAACAGAAAAUUUUACAUGUUAUUUCAUCCAAUCUAAUCUUUAAUCUUCCUAAAAUUAAUUAAUAAAUAUCGUUUCUUUCAUUCAAAUAUAAAUAUGAAAUGAAAAUCGCGUUAAGAAUAUUUCUUUAUAUCAAUUCAUUACCACAAAAUCGCUGAUUAUUUGUUCUAAUCAAUCGAUAAUAAAUUAUCAUUCGCAGAACGAUGAAGAAUUAAUACAGCUACUUUAGAAACAGUUACACUAACUUUAAUUUAAUAAAUUAUUGUCUACGUAUCAGUAUAAGUUAUUUACUACAUAAAAAAUAUAUUAGUCAAUUUAAAUAGGGGGAAAAAAUAAAUUUUUCCCAUAUAUAAAAUAAGAAUAAAUGAAUUGUUUCUGUGUGCGUAUAUAUACAUACUAAUUUUAUUUCAUGAUAAUUUAUUGAUCGGGUAUCUACGACUGUCUUUAGAGAAGGAAUCCUUAUAAAAAAAAAAAAAUGUAAUUGUAUUCCAAUGAUGAGCUUGCAGAUUUCAAUAUGAUAAAUUUAACUCGUUUUCCAAUAAAUCGCCGUAUCAAAAAGACGUGGCAACCCUCUGGAAUUUUUAGCUACGAAGCUUCGAUACUCAUUAAUCAAUCUUAACAUUGUUUCGUAGGUAGUAGGUCUGCAUUCCUCAGAGGCGCCACAUUCUCACGUCACUCUGCGCGCCGAAAAAUUUAUGCAUAAUCAUUUUAACUCGCUAACACCGUUACCGGCAACAAAUCGUAACUCAUUUAACAUUCUUCGGCUUCUUUUUAAUAUACUGCGCUAUUGAAUCGUUGCAUAGUCUGUCUUUUUCUUUGUGAAUUAAUAUUGUUUUUAUACAGUUGUAAAACGCAGCAAAUAUUUUCGGGGCGCCACAUUAUUAACUCGUGAUGCUACGUCAGUCAAAAUAUCAGUGUUUGUAAUUCUCUUCUUCCUUUUUAUCGAAUAUUUUUCACAGCAUCAUUUUGUUGCAUUAUUUAUUGAAAUCCUGUUUAUUUAAUAAUUAUUAUAAAUGCAAUUUUAGAUCAUUUUGAAGUCUUACGGAGGAUUUUUUUCUUUUUUCUUUUAUAUGGAAAAUCAAGUAAAAUAUACAUUUUCAUGACCAAUUUAAUUUAAUUUCCAAUUUAAUUUAAUUUUUAAAUGGGAAAUAAAACCAAUUUAAUUUAAUUUUUAAAUGGGAAAUAAAAGGCUAAAAGCACUUAUUAAAUGAAUGAUGAGUAAAACGGCUCAUGAAUCAAGAAAAAUGGUUCUCAGAUCCAAAUUGC